CGCACGACCCUGUCCAGCAUGGAGAAACACUUGUUCAGCCUGAAGUUCGCGGCCAAAGAACUGAACAGGAGUGCCAGAAAAUGCGACAAGGAGGAAAAGGCCGAAAAGGCCAAAAUUAAAAAGGCCAUUCAGAAGGGCAACAUGGAAGUUGCGAGGAUACACGCCGAAAACGCCAUCCGCCAGAAGACCCAAGCGGUGAAUUUCUUGAGAAUGAGUGCGCGGGUGGAUGCGGUGGCCGCCCGAGUCCAGACCGCGGUGACCAUGGGCAAAGUGACCAAGUCCAUGGCCGGUGUGGUUAAGUCCACGGAUGCGGCGCUGAAGACCAUGGAUCUGGAGAAGAUCGCUGCUUUGAUGGACAAAUUCGAGCACCAGUUUGAGACCCUGGACGUCCAGACGCAGCAAAUGGAAGACACGAUGAGCAGGACGACGACGCUGAGCACUCCCCAGAACCAGGUGGAUACGCUGCUCCAGGAAAUGGCAGAUGAGGCGGGCCUUGACCUUGGCAUGCAGCUGCCUCAGGGCCAGACGGGUUCCCUGGGACGGAGCGUGGCUUCGGCUGAGCAGGAUGAACUGUCCCAGAGACUGGCCCGCCUUCGGGAUCAAGUCUGA